AUGACAACAGAUUCUAUCACGUUUAAUCAUAUUCUUGGGCAGGGCCGUGUCAACCAACUCGGCGGUGUCUUCAUCAACGGCCGGCCGCUACCGAUUCAAGUCCGGCAUGCCAUUAUUACAAUGGCGAAGAAGGGUGUCAAACCCUGCCACAUCAGUCGUCAACUCAAAGUGUCCCACGGUGCUGUCUCAAAAAUCUUGAAUCGCUACCAGGAAACCGGAUCGAUAUCUCCCGGACAGAUCGGUGGAAGUCCCCGUGCCCGUCUCACCGUACAAGCCGUCGAGAAGGAGAUCGUUAUCGCCUACGAGGAGAAUCCGCAUCUCAGCCCCGCAGAACUUCGUGAUCUACUCAUUCAGAAAGAGAUUUGCACAAAAGGGAAUGCACCGACAGUACCCGCUAUUAAAAGGCUAAUCGGGUCGAAAAGUCUCGGUGGUGUGAUGCCACAAACGAAAAAAAUGGAACGAAAACGUCUCAGCUACAGUAUCGACAGUAUUCUGGGAAUUUCGAUUGACGAAUGCAGUAAAUCAUCGUCAGAUGACGAGGGAGACAGCUCCUCGACAUCGCCCACCACAACGAACGACUCCUCAGCCGCCCGCCGCAAUCGUACAUCAUUCUCCGCCGAACAACUCGACAUUCUCGAGACAUCGUUCCGUGCGUCGACGUAUCCAGACGGACCGGCGAGGGAGAACAUCUCCAAGGAGACCGGACUCAGCGAGGACAAAAUUAUGACGUGGUUCUCGAAUCGGAGGGCGAGGUGUCGAAAGAAUAUGCCCAUUUAUCAUCAGUAUAAUGUGCAUCAGGGAUUUGCGGCAGGCACACAGACGCCGUACCCCACACUCCUGCCAUCAAUGAUGUUCCUGCCAGGCUACGCGACGACGAGCCCCCAACUCAACCCACUCUUCUUCCAACACGUACUCCACUCGAGCCCCUCCUCCACUCAUUCGUCACCACCAUCCAGUUAG